UGCUUACAGGAUUGCCAUGUUUGCAGCUGCUGAAGAACAUUAUUGAAGAGUUCACUGCCUUGCGCAUUGAAUCCAUCCCAAGAGGUUUUGCAUUGAGUGAUGAAGACACUGUGCUAAUGGUUUUUGUGAAGCUUUACCACAAUGUAAGCUUGAGCUUUUUAUCGGUUCUCUUUUCUGUUCACCGUACAACUGUUUCAAAUAUUUUGAAAAAUGCGAUAUGUAUUCUUGCAAGCAUACUUGGAGAGGCAAUGUUUUUCCCAAGCAAAGAAUCUGUCCAGGAAAACCUAACCAUUUACUUCAAAAACUACAAGGAAACUCGCAUUGUGCUAGAUUGCACAGAGGUUCCACUUGAAAGGCCACGUGACUUAACAUCACGGCUACUUACCUACAGCCAGUACAAACGCCAGUACACAAUCAAAGUAUUGAUUGGCGUCGCUCCAAGUGGCAUGAUAACUUUAGUAGGAAAAUCAUUUGGAGGUCGUGCAUCAGACACGCAACUAACUGCUCAUUCAAAUGUCCUUAACAUGUGCACGGCCUAUGUAGACAGAGUGAUGGUAGACAAAGGCUUUCUAAUAGAGAAUCUCUGUGACGAAGCUAGGGUCAACAUGGAUAGGCCUCCAUUUUUAAAGAAACGGCAACAGCUUGAAGAACACGAAGCACACAAAAAUCAGGCUAUUGCGCGAGGAAGGGUACAUGUAGAAAGAGCCAUUCAACGUGUAAAAGCCUUCAAAAUUCUGCAGCAAAGGUACCCGAUCCAGCUCUUGCCAGUCUUUGACAAAGUUAUCGUGUUGCUUGCUGGUAUAGUAAAUUUGUCGAAGCCAAUUUUGGGCGAGGACAAAUUUCUACCAAAUUGCUAAGCCGUAAACAGAGUCUACAGACACAAAUGUGGCUUAUCUUUGUCAUCUUGUAGCCAUAAUUUUGUAAACGCACAUUUCUUUAAAGAUUUGUCUGCGUAUGCUCCUUGCCUUUUUUUUAUGUGUUCACUUACAACUAAGCACUUUCUAAUGUUUGAUCUUAAUGGCGACUUUUUUCAUGCUCAUAUUAGGGGUCUGCGAAUGUUCGAGUUUCGAAUUCGAAUCGAAUAAUGCCUUGUCGAAUAUUUCAAUUCGGCUUUCGAACAGCUAGUAUUUGAAGUUUUGAAUAAUUUGACAGAACGAAUACCUGAAACGUGACAAAGGCCAAUCGUGACGUUUUGUUAGGGUGGGGUAGCUAAAACUAACGCUAACAUCGUUAAACUUCAUCAAACUUGCACUAAUAUGUUGGUUAAAAAGCAAGCGCAUGUUUAUUUUUGAAAAAUAUGUCAUUUCCAAA